CUCCAGGCGGUCGUCCUCGCGGACUCGUUCGCGACCGCGUUCAAACCGCUGACGGAGAAGACGCCCAAGGCGCUCGUCCCGCUCGGCCACGUCCCGAUGUUGGAGUACACCCUCGAGUGGUUGUCGUCGCAGGGCGUCGAGGAGACGUACGUCUUGGCGUGCGCGCACGCGGAGAUGAUCGAUCAGUACCUGAAGAGCGCGGGAUGGGGGGAAGGAGACGCCGGGGAUAAAGAGACGAAACCGGGACAGCGAAGAAGGAUGACGACGAAGUGCGUGCCGAGUGCGAGCUGCGUCAGCGCGGGCGAAGCGCUGCGGUUGAUCGAUCAUAAACACGUCAUACGGAGCGAUUUCGUGCUGGUGAGUGGGGAUGUCGUGACGAACAUCGAUCUGAAGGAUGCGCUGGAGCGACACCGGGCGAGGAGGAAGAAGGAAAAGUUGGCGGUGAUGACGGUGUGCUUGCGAAACGUCGGGGCGAGCGUGAGAGAAUCGAGGUAUGGGGAUUCGAAUUUGACCAUCGCCAUGGAUGCGGAGACGAAUAAGAUCGUACAUUACGAGGAGCACGGGAGUGGACACAGCGCGACGAAGUUGCCGCCGACGUCGCUGGACGCGUCGUUGUUCGGGGAGGUCAAGAAUAUUCGAGUGAGGACGGAUUUGAUGGAUUGUCACGUCGAUAUUUGCGCACCCGAGUUCUUGAUGCUAUUCACGGACAACUUCGAUUAUCAGCACAUUCGUCGGGACUUCAUCGUCGGGACGCUUAACGAGCGGGAGCUGGGGAACACGAUUUACGGGUAUGAGAUUUCGCGAUACGAUUACGCCGCGCGCGUGCACAAUUUGCGCUCUUACGACGCGGUUUCACGCGAUAUUUUGAACAGAUGGACGUUUCCGUACGUACCGGACACGCGCGUCGUACCAGUUCAAGAUCCACAGACGUUCACGCACACGUGGGGGAACAAUUAUUUGAGCCCCGACUGCGAAGUGCACGAAUCGGCCAAGCUCACUAAGGGAUGCUCAAUCGGUGCAGGAACGAUGAUUGGCGCCGGCACGUCGGUAUCGCACAGUGUGAUCGGAAAGAACGUUAUCAUAGGACAGAACUGCGUCAUCUCAGGCGCGUAUAUCUUCGAUGGUGCGCGCAUCGAAAACGAAUCUUCGGUAACGAGCGCCAUCUUGCAAGAAGCCGUCGUCGUGCACGCCUACGCACAUGUCACCGCCGGAUGCGUGUUAGCCGCGGAUGUCGUCAUAGGAAGUGGAUUCAGCGUGAAACCAAACACGCGAAUUUCGCUCAAGGCGCAGCCCGCUAUCGAAGACGACGAUUACGAUUCGGACGACUCGGAGCACGCGAUUUGGGCGCCCACGUCUGUUGGUGCAGGCGGAGCCGGGUACGUGUGGGCCCCGCGCGAGGAAAGCUGGUUUCGCAACAUCGCCCAGCCGAAAGCGCGAGAGCCGUAUGAUUGCUCACACGAAUACGCUACCGACGAAGCGAAACGCGAGAGCGCCCCCGAUUCAAGGGCGGCAGCGGUGGCGGAGUCUGAUAGCGACGAACAAGAAGACGUCAAGCGCGAGGGCGUGUUUCAGCGCGAAGUCGCGGAGACGUUUUUGCGCUGCGUCAAGCAAGGGUACGCUCAGGAAAAUGCAGUGGUCGAGCUGCAAGGUUUGAAGAUGGCGGAAAAUAGAACGUUCGCCGAUAUUGCGCGAUAUACGUCUCGCGAAAACGUAAAGCUGUACCCGGCGACGGCGCCGUCGGGCACGCCGGAAUUGUUGAAACGAUUGCGAGAGCGAUUGAAGGAGUGGGCGCCACUCUUAUCGAGGUUCCUUCGGAGUGAAGAUGACCAAGUCGAGGCUUUGUUAACGCUCGAAGAGUUUUGCUCCGAGGAUGAGGUCUUCAAAGGCAUGGGUGGCGCCGUCUGCGUGCCAUCCUUCGCCAAAAUUCUGCACAUGCUCUACGACAUGGACGUCAUCGGCGAAGAGAGCGUGUUAGCUUGGGCGGAAGAAAAGGCCGAGGCCGACGAAGCGGAUAAAAAGUUUCUCAGGCUCGCGCAACCGUUCAUCGAUUGGCUCGAAGAGGCCUCGAGCGAGGAGGAA